CACUACCCUGAGCCCCUCAACUCAGAGAGCUCCCAUCCAGCAGCAGUGAGAAGCAAAACCUCUGCCACAAAGGAACAGGUGAAGUACCCUUGGACCACCCUCAGCUCCCCCGCCUGCCCAUGCCCAGCAUUUCUCCAGCCUUAGCUCCAUCCUCACAUCCCCUACCCCCACCCCACCCCCAAAGCAGUGUGUCAAAUAGCUGGGGCAUCUGCAGAACCUGAGUAAGGGAUCGCCCCCAGGGGGCCAGGCAUUUAAGGAACCAGUGACUCCUGGCAGGCUCACUGUUAAGGCAAAGGAAGAAGGAGACUGGCCAGUCUACAGCCCAGGCACUAGCUGCUCCUCCAAGACUGUGGACACAGCGUUUGAGGGUUAGGAGGUACUGGUUUCACGAAGGUAAGACUUCCCUUAUCUCUCAAGAAGGGGCAGAGCCUGCUACCUUGUGAGGCCAGAGAGGGACAGCUGGGACAGAGGUGGUCUCCGAACCUAGAGGGAGAAACUGGACAAGCCGAGAUACGUCAUGGUGGGGCAGGGGAUAAAGCUUAGCGUCGAACUGCCUAGCUCAGAACAGGGCUUUUGGAGUCCCCUGGAAGGGCGCUGGACUGGGAGUCAGGAGGACAGGUUCUAUCUCUCAGGCAUGAGUUUCCUCCUGUACAAAGCAGGGGUGUUAAAACUGCCAUGCUGGUUAGAUAAAAGAUGGUAGGCACCUGAUUCAUCGAAAUACUGCAUAGCUGCUAACAAGAAUGGGGAAAUGAUGAACUGGUAGGGAGAGGCCUCCAAAUGUAUGAAAUGCAAAAGGAAGGGCUGAACAGUGUGUAUGAUAGGCUACCUCACAUGUAAAAAAGGGAAGUGAGGACAAAGACAUUCAUAUUUUCACGAAGGAGCCUAAAGACCACCCCUACUUACCUGUUGGGGGAGGGUCAGGAGAUAGAGGGGCUCAAGAGUGGAAGGGAGCCUCUUCAUAAAGAUGUUUAUAUUGUUGUAUUUUUUAACUAUGUGAUUAACUACCAAUUCAAAAAAAUAUAUGAGAAAUAAAAACUCAGCCUCUGUCUUUACUACAUCACAAACAUAAGAGCUGGAGAAAUGAGCUGUCAUCUGUCCUAGCAUUCCCCCAAUGCCAGGGGUCCCCGGGGCCCAGAAAGAAAAUCCACAGCUUCCUUCCAAGGCCAGCUCCAGUAUGGCUUAGUCAAGAAGUUCUUCUUAGGUCUGACUUCAUUCCUUCUGAUGAAACCUGUCAGUAAGUAUCCUCAUUGUCUCUCUGGGCCUUACUUGGUUCCCUGGAUAAACCUAAGCCCUACAUGCUCUCCUCCCAGAACUUGGAAUGGUUUGGGAUUAACUCAGCGGAGGACCAGCCCAUUGGGCCUUGUAACCAGGCUGGAAAAGUGAGAUACAAAGGGGAGAAAACAGAGGCUUGUUGCCUCUCACCCGACACUUCUCACCCUCUCCUGUGCCCUGCCGUUGCCCCUUGUGUCCACCUGCCCCAUCCCUUCACACUCACACACACACACACACCAUCUCUGAAGCUCUCUCCUACUCCCUUCCUUGUCCUUCAUGGCCUCAUCCUCUCCCUGUCCCAGGUGAGUGCCCACGCCUGCUGUCACCAUGACAACCAUUCACCACCAGCAGAUGCAUCAAGAGCACAUGUCCACGGAGUUCUCCAGCUCCACCACCCACGUGCAGACCUUCUCCUAGACAACCAAGAUCGUGGGAGAGGAAGUCACAACAACAAAGUCCUCAUCGAGCACUGUAGAGUUCUUCAAUUUGGUGACUCGAAGUACCAACAUCCCUGCGGGCGAGAGCGUCCCUGAGUUCGUGGAGAAGCCUCACCCAGUCAUGGCACCUGAGGGGGAUAAAGCCGUGUUCCAAGCCCAGGUGCAAGGGAACCCCAAACCCAACAUCUCCUGGAAGAGGGAAAGCGGCAUCCCCGUCAAGGAGUCUACCAAGAUAUUCUAUGACAGCGUUAACAAGGAGCACGUGCUGAAGCUGGAGCCACUGACCUCGGAUGACUCUGACAACUACAAGUGCAUUGCAAGCAAUGACCACGCAGAUGCUAUCUAUACUGUGUCCUUGCUGGUGACAGAGGGUCAAGAUAAAAUGGAUUUCAAAAAGAUGUUGAAGAAGAGGGCUCCUCCUGCUCCCAAGAAGCAGCAGAAGAAGGUAACAGAUGAGAAAGAGAUGCUGGAGAUUUUGUCCAAUGUGCCCAAGAAGGACUUUGAGAAAGUCUGCAUGGAGUACGGUUUCACUGACUUCCGGGGGCUGCUCAAGAAGCUCAAAGGGAUGAAGAAAGUAGAGGUGGAGGCCAUCCGGAUUCUGAAGCUCCUAGAAGACAUAGAGACCAAGAUUGACACCACGGUGACCUUUGAGUGCAUCAUGGAGCUGAAGGACCCCAAUACCAAGAUGACAUGGGUCAAGGAUACUGAACCACUGAGGAUCCAGUACUCCCUGGGCAAAUAUGAUGUGAAGCAGGUGGGCACCAAGUACAUGCUGGUUAUUACCAACGUGAAUAUGAACGACGCAGGCACCUACAGCCUAUCUGUGGGCGACAAGCAGAUGACUGCAGAGCUCAAAGUGUUGGAUGAGCCGCUGAAGUUCUUGGGAGAGAUGAAGCCAGUGAAGGUGACAGAGCGCCAGACGGCUGUAUUUGAGAUCCGCCUCUCCAAGAAAGUGCCCAACUUUGUGUGGAAGUUCAACGGGAAAGAGCUGAAGAGGGAUGAAAAGUAUGAAAUCACAGUGUCCGAGGAUGGUCUGACCCACACGCUUAAGAUUAAGGAUGCCAGACUCAGUGACAGCGGCGAGUUUUCUGCCGAGGUGGGGGACCUGGUACAGAAGGCCCAGCUCACUAUUGACCGAAUCCCCAUCAAGUUUGUGAGCACCCUCAAGAAUGUACGUGUGAAAGAGAGGAGCCGUGCUUGCCUUGAGUGUGAGCUGAUAUCCAAGAAUGUGACGCUACGCUGGAAGAGAGGGCAGCUGCUGGAGCAUGGCACCAAGUACAGCAUGAGCCAUGAGGGCAAGCGAGCAGAGCUGAUCAUUGAGGAUGCACAGCUCAGUGAUGGUGGCGAGUACACCGUGGUGGCAAUGCAGGAUGGGGACCCCACUGAAUACUGCAGUACUGCCGUGGUCACCGUGGAGGAGCGUCUGGCCACGGUGAAGAGCGGGAUGUCCGACGUGCAUGCUGCCACUGGCAGCCCGGCCGAGCUGUGCGUAGUGCUUAACGACAAGAAGGUGGAGGGCGUGUGGCUGAAGGAUGGCAAGGAGAUCACGGACUUGCCAGGCGUGCAGAUCGUGAAGCAGGGCGCAGUGCACAAGCUCAUCUUCCCCAACAUGGGCCCCGAGCACGAGGGCAAGUACACAUUCCGGGCCAAGGGCGCGGAGAGCGAAGCCUCGCUUUUCAUUGCAGAUCCCCCCACCAUCGACCCGUCUGUACUGGAGGCACUGGCCGCGCACCCCGUGACUGUGAAGGUGGGCCACACUGCGAACAUCAAGGUGCCCUUCCGGGCAAAGCCACUUCCCAAGGUGAUGUGGUACAAGGAUGGGGUGGAGGUGACGGAGGAGGAACGCGUGUCCAUGGAGUGCAGGGAAGACCAGGCGCUGCUCACCAUCUCCAACUGCGUGCGGGAGGACAGCGGCCUUGUCCUGCUCAAGCUCAAGAAUGACCACGGCUCAGCCACGGCCACUCUGCACCUCAGCGUGCUGGACCGCCCCAACCCCCCCCAGGGCCAAGUGGAGUUCCUGGAGCUCUCGGGUAAUUGUGUGCACAUGAAGUGGAAGGCCCCAAAGGACAAUGGUGGGCAGCCUGUGACACAGUUCAUAGUGGAACGGAGGGCAGUCGGCAAGAAGUCCUGGAUUAAAAUAGGCGAAGCAGACAGCAAAGUCACCAAGUUCUCCACCAACAAAGUGGAAGAGGGAAAAGCCUACCAGUUUCGCAUCCUAGCUGUCAAUUCGGAAGGAGUGAGCGACCCUCUGGAGACCAUAGAUGAAGUGUUCGCAGGAAAUCCUAUUGAGCCCCCUGGUCUUGCCUCUCAGCCUCAAGUGACUGAUGUGACCAAAGAGACUGUGACUAUCACAUGGAAUGCCCCCACUCAGGAUGGGGGAGCCCCAGUGCUUGGCUACAUUGUGGAAUGAAGGAAGAAAGGCAGUAACCUGUGGGUGCCAUUCAACAAAGACCCCAUCCAGGGUACCAAGUGCACAGUGGAUGGUCUCCUGGAGGAUACUGAGUAUGAAUUCCGAGUUAUAGCUGUGAAUAAGGCAGGCCCCGGACAUCCCAGUAUGCCAUCCAACUCAGUGGUGGCCAAAGACCCUGUAAAACCCCCAGGCCUGGUGCAGGGCCUGCCCGUGUCUGAUUCCUCCAACUCCAGUAUCUCCCUGGCCUGGCGGGAGCCUGCAGAGGGAGACCCACCCUCUGGCUACAUCCUGGAGAUGCGGGCUGAAGACGCCAAAGAGUGGUCCAGGUGCACAAAGAUCCCCAUCUCGGGCACCUGCUACACGGUGGGGGGCCUCACUGAGAGGCAGAAAUACUUCUUCCGAAUCCGGGCUGUGAAUAAAGCUGGGGUCGGGGAGCCUGUGGAGCUGGAUGAGGGGGUCCGUGCCAUGCCACCACCAGCUGCCCCUAAAUUUGACCUCAGUGCCCGGCUGAAGAGUCACAUGGUGGUUCGUGCUGGAACAGCCCUCUGCGUCCACGCUGCCUUCUCUGGCUCACCACCACCCAACGUGAUCUGGCAGAAAGAUGGCAUCCCCACCAAGGGCAGGGAAACCAUCUCCAAGGGUAAAAACCACUCCCAGUUCCUCAUCAACAGCACCAAGCGCUCCGACUCGGGGGUGUACCACAUCUUGCUCCAGAAUGAGUUUGGAGAGGCACACUAUGACAUCCAUGUACGAGUGGCAGAUUUUCCACGGCCACCCACAAACCUACAGCUGUUUGAGGAGGUUCCCAACACGGUGACUCUGAACUGGAACCACAGCCCCGACGUGCAGGAGGAUGGGGAGGCCCACUACGUCAUCUUGAAACAGGAUGCCAGCACCACCACCUGGUUCACAGCAGUAGAGUGUGUCUUCAGCAACAAGUACACAGUGACAGGGCUGCUUCCUGGCAGGAAGUACUACUUCCGAGUGUUGGCCCGGAAUGAAAUCGGUGACAGCGACUCCAAGGACACUUGGCUCGUCAACAAGGACAAGAUCGAGGACCUGAGCGCCAAGCUGAAGCCCUACGAGAAGAAGGACUGGCGCCACACGCCGCGCUUCCUGACUCCGCUCAAGCCGCACACGGUGCUGCGUGGCCAGGACUGCACCAUGACCUGUGCCUUCCUUGGGAACCCCCGGCCCACAGUGACCCUCUGCAAGGGCAAUGUUAACAUCACAGCCAACUCCAAGUUCUGGUACAACUCCACCAGCGGUGUGUGCACAAUUGUCAUCCCCACCUGCACACUCAAGGACAGCGGCGAGUACAGUGUGCUAGUGGAGAACGAGCUGGGCAAGGACCGCAGCAGCUGCACACUCACCGUCUAUGACAAAGAUGACAAGUCAAUUCUAGCAUCAGUCACCGAGGGUCUGCAGAAGAAAUCAAAGUACCUUAUUUGAGCUCCAGCCCAGUCCAGGCAUCAGGAUGUUGUGAAGUGGUAGGACCUCUUGGCCUGUCUUCUGCAAGACCCCAGUGAGGGAAGCCCAGUUUGCUCUCUGGUGCUUGUCAACGUAAACAUUCAUUGAAGAGAUGGGACAAUAAAUUGAUCAAGCUCACCUUUUCCUAUUCCUGAGGGUGGUGUACAGCUGGUAUACAGCAGAAACCAAGGAGAUGGGAGUAGAAUGGGGAUUCACACAACCCAGACUGCUGAGAGCCUGGUCCAAACCUACCCACGUAGGGAGUGACCAGCCUCCUUUUGACUGGGCCUUUGCCUUCCCCUCCUCCAUAGCCACACUGCACCCUCCCCCCGCUCAGGGCAUGGGUGGGAAGGUCAUGCCAGAUUCACCCUUCUUCCCAUCCUGCUCCCUCUCAUUUAUUUAUACCAGGUAGGUCUGUCAUCAGAGGUCUAGGUUUGAAGGGAUCUGGCGUCUUUAGUGUCCAGGGUUACCAGUAUUUGAGAACUAGAGCAUCAGAGCUAGAAAGGAUUUGUCAUCCAGCUC